AUGUGGAGGCACGUCGGCAGGCCCGAUACCGGUCCCGAUUUUCGAGCCCUUUUCGGCAGCUGCGCGAUCGGUUGUCGCGCUAUCGGGCCCGUUUUCGGGGCCGUCUUCCAUUCCUCUCGGCGAAAACUCGGCCCGACUCUAGUACGGGUAUUUCGCUCGGGUGCCAGGGUAGGGAUGAGCCCGGGAAGAAGACCAGGAGUCGCGGUCGCGUCUCUUGGAAUCACUGAGUAGACGGAAUUGUGUCCGCGAGACGUGCCGGCCCGCAGUUGAGACGAACGGCUCACCGCGGGCACACGCAGACAAGCAUCGCCCACCGAAGAGAGAUCCCUCUGCCUUUUCGGAUCCAACGGGAAUCAGAAAUCGGAACGAGGGGAAUCGAAGAUCGGAAGAGCGCGAGUCAAAGUAGCGUUAAAACCCCGUCUGCCAAAUUUCAAAAUCGCGCGCGGUCGUCCCGUCUUCGUACCAAGGAUCUGCCUCCAAGUUCGACCCAGUUUCCGGGACUUUUCGCGAUAACGCGUCCGUGACCGGUCGACUUCGAUGUGCGAGACGUUAAAUUGAGGAUCAGACGUGAAAAAGUCUGAUCUUUCGGGAAUAACUUCCCGCGGUUUGGGAAAACCUCCAGACUAAGAUCUAGGACACGAUAUCGAGGGAUUUAGGGAGGACCCUGUCUCGAUACAAGUGUGAGACGUGUCUGUAGGUUUUUUCUACUUCUUUUUUCGUUGUUUUCUUGCAUUCUGGACCUAGUGUCUGAUUAAUAGAGGUUGGGCUCUCGGAUCUAUUGAGACUCGAUUAGAUAACAUCGCUGAGAGACUCCACAGUUGGGAAUCACCCCGGGUGCAGGGACCGGGUACCUUUUCGGCAUUCCACGUCGGUCCAGCUUCUGCAAUCGGAGUCUGAGAGGAGGAGACUAUCGGACAACGUGGGACAUCCGAUACGAGAUCACGAUACUUGUCUCUUCGAUUAGUGAUCGUGGACCCUUAUCGAGUUCAGGGCGCGGAAGUUGAUCGGGACCUCUUCGAGUCCUGCGUAUGUGGGUUUCCGAUGGGACGUGUGGAUCAGGUGGAGGUGAGGUGAAGUUCAGGAUCCGGAAGACUUUUAACAUAGAAUAUCAAGAGGAGACCAUUAAAAGGGAUUGGAGACGUCUAGAGUGAGUGGUGCCACCAGAAGCCAGAAUUUCCAAGUUCCAUCAGAGUUCCUGGGACAAGUGGGAGCCAAUAGUGGAAGCACCAGGAUGGCUCCGUCCAAGGCUAUCCUGAUCUUGCUGCUGGCGGUCUCCAGAGGCUGGUGUGACUUCCGUCACCAAGAAGAGCAAGAAACGGCAAUAAGUCAAGAAGUACCCCAGGAUUCUACCGAGCACGACAUCAGGUCGGAACCGACGAACGGAUCGGUGCCCCUGAGCACGAAGAGGCUGGAGAAGAUGCUGAAGAAGGCCAUCCUGAAGAUCAUCACCAGCGACCUGAGUAGCGCGGAGAUGCUGUUCUUGAAGAGCCUGAAUUACAGCUUCGAGGAGGUGAUGGCGAUCCGGGAGCGAGAAUUGGGUAGGAAAAAGAUGGAGGCCGAGUUGAGGGCCGAGGACGAAGAGGACCAGUCGAAGAAGGGGCCCCUCCUAGGGGCCAUUUCGCGCAGGAGGAAGAAGCCCCAAAGGACUAGGAACCAGCAGGACUUCCGACAGCCCGACACCGACGGCAACAGGAUGGAGCUCGACUACGAGGACCUGAAGAGGGAACGCGACUGGAGGAAGGAGUUGAUUCACGAGAAGAGGGUCCACGACAAGGACUUCGACUUCGACGCCUUUAACAAGCAAGCGGUGUACGACUACGAGAACGAGGCGUCGAGGCUGGAGCGUGGCCAGUCCUGGAAGGACCUCACCACCCACGAGAACAAGGAGGACCAAGGAAGAAGCAACCAGGAAGAGACCGGCAUUGGCUCGGACUUCCACAGGAGCUCUGUCCGGGCUAUGGAGCCCCAUGUGAUCUUCAAGAUCCGCUACGACGACUCCGAGUUCGACUCCAGCUCCGACGAGAAGACCAAGCCGGGUGCUAAGGAAAAUGGCGCCCAAAGGGGCCAUUCCUUUCAUGCCGACACUACUUAUCAGCGUACUCCUCUUCCUCUAGCACACCGAGUGCAUCUGGGGAGGUCCAGGUACCUUGACCUGCCGAGGAACGUGGAGGUACCAGGAGAGACCAUCUUGGUACCCCCCGGUACCGACGUUGCUCCCACUGGAGAACCCCUUGAAAUCCCUUCGAGUAGUUCUUUGGACCUGGAAAAUGAUACUUUACCCGCAGACGGGGUAAAUGGCACCCGCGAUAACGAAAUCGUCCAACAGAUUGAUAGAGGAACCGAGUUCCUCGGAAAUGACAGCCUGGUACCCAGAAGAGUCAGCGAGUACGAGGGCCUCGAGUGGGUCGAGGAUGACGUCUACCGAGUCAUACCGGAAGUCGUCGAGUCCCUGAACUACGACAACGAGGAGAACGAGACCUCCGACUACUAUGAGCAGAACACCUACUAUCAGGGCCCUUCGUCGGUGUCGGAGGACAACGAUACCGCGGACUAUCUGAACGAGUCACCUGAUCCGGUGCAACACUUCGUGGCGAACGCCAACGGAUCCAACGACAGCUUUCCCACGGGGAACCUCUCCACGUAUCACCAGGCUGCCCUGGCCCAUCGCAGAGAUGGAAAUCUGACGUCACACGUCGACAGCCAAGGCCAGAAGGUGAUCGAAGACAUCAAAAUGAGAGUUUUGGCCAUGACAGGUCGGUUCAACCACAGCGCCAACAGCAACCAGGUGCAACGAGAGCGGCUCACCAUGUUUUCUCCCACCUGCCAGACUCCUCGGAACACGGACGCCGAGGCGUGGGCGGACCCUUUCUCGAUGAACAUGCACUUUCAAUUGAACCUGACGUCGGGUGAACAUGUCGUGGCGGCUAAACUGAGGCUCUUCAAGUUGCCCCAGGAGAACGCGACGACGACGAGCACGAGUACCUUCGAGGAGGACGAGGAUGACGAGAAGAAGAUCCGGAUAUCCGUGUACUUCUACACGAAGUCCCUGAAGAAGCACCGAUCAAAGAAGAGGCUGAUGGACUCCAUCGUGACGUCACUUACACCAACGGGAAGCCAUUUGGCAUUGGAUGUGAGACAAGGUCUGCGAUUCUGGAGGCUGAAUCCCAGAAAUGGUCACAGCAGCAAUGGGAACCAUGGACUCGUGGUGCAGAUAGAGGACCAGGAUGGUCGUCCUUUGAAACCUGCCCUUUUCGUCCAACAACCAUCUUGCCAAGCAGAUCACGACCAGGAUGAGAAGGCAUAUCAACGCGUCCCUUCCCUUUUCGUCCGAGCCUGUUCUCGUUACGUUCACAUCGUAGAUGGGGAAGCGGUGACGUUUCUAAACUGCAAGUUACGGAAUGAAAGGUACUGAGAAAGCCGGGUGAUAGUAAAAAGAGCAAAGACCACAACUGGCGGAGAAAACGAGCGAGAAAACCGAGCAGUUUGGGAUUAAGGGAGGAGCCCUUCUGGACCACUUCUCGUCGAACUUCUCGCUAUUUUCUUAUGUCAAGAGAGAAAGAAGGCGCUAAGCCUCAAGGGGAAAUAAUCUCUUAAUCGUUAGCUUCGCGUUAAGAUACCUCGAGACUAAUUUUACCAUUUCUGUUUCGAGCUUAGUUAAUUGAUAAUGUAAAGUAGGCCGAUAAGCUGCGGUCGAGGUCGACCUUAAAGUAAUUCUAGAUUUAAUCGACUAGGCGUUAGGCUUCCAGUGAAGAGAACAGAAAUUCUAUGAUUAGUCGUUAGUCUUGUUCAUUUAGUGUGUAAGAGCACCAAAGGAAAGAAACGAGUACAUCGGAUGAAUACUUACCUUAACAGGCUUAUGAACACAUUGUAUCAUAUCAGGAAAUUAUUUCUUUGAAUAUAUAUGAUCCGGGAAUAAUUUCUUGAUAAGAUAGAUUAUGUUCUUGGGACUACUGGAAGAGAUCUUUCUCCUGGUCGUUUAUGAUAUGGCAUCGAGUAAAUUGAUCUGGAUGCUAAUUAGCCCUUUGUAUGGCAGUUAAGUAAUUUCUUUACAAACCAAAAUGUGUUCUUUGGACUGGUUAAGGACAUGUCUGUAUACGGAUCAUAUUAGUACUCCUUCGUUCGAGGUGCAAGAAUCAUCGAGUAAAGCUCAUCCUUAUAGACUAGCGUAUCUCUGCUACAGGAAGAUUCACUCUGAGACUGUGUAGUAGCUUAACUUAAAAUCGGGCUAUUAGAUUUAAGUAAUUAGCGUUAAAAUACUGUAAUUUAUGUUCCAAGAGAUUUCUUGCAAGCGGACCCACUUCUCAUGUAAAUAUUGACGUAAGUGGUCAGCUUGUCUACCUACUACUUGUUCUUCUUCAGUUGCGUUAGUUUCCUCAAGGUGGUCUUUUCAAGUCAAAUGCCAACGACUGAUGUAGCCAAAUCUAGAUCCCUAAGUUAACAAGAGGUAUUUAUGUUAAGAAUGAAAGAAGUAAUUGAGGUUAGAAUAAAGCGCACCUGUUGCUAGAAUAAACUCAUCGCGUCCGGUCUCCGAAUCGAUCAGUACUAAGUUGUAUAUAAUGUAUAUUACAAUUUUACGAAGAAUAAAUCCAUUAACACUGA